AUGGCGGGCAGACCUUCAAUCCAGGUCAAUGUGCCUCCAGCUCCGGCAAGACAAUCCUCAGACAUGACCAAUGGAGCAUGUGGCCUAGGGCAAUUGUCGCCAGAUAGAGCCUUGCAAUUUACUCCAUUUGCGCAAUCUGUAAUACCCUUGUCGGAUAGGAUACCUUUUCCUCAGCCAGCACGAGUCCUUGAAAAUGGCAGGGUUGCAACAUCCCAGGAGCGGGCUCAAGCUCGUUUGCUCUUCCAACAGCCAAAUACGGAAGCUACGAUCAGGAACAAAGUGGUUGACCUUCUGUCUCGACCGGACAUCACUCCAUAUGACUUCAGGCUUCCACCAGCUGCUGCCUCUAAUCGAUCAACGUCAACCGUUUCGAAUCUGGGCCUGAGCCCGUUGGCCAGAUCGGUUCUCAACAUGACCAAACCGGAUUACAGAUAUCCUACUCCGGACGAAGACAAUGAAACCACUCUCCACAAGUCUGCUCCAAGGGCAAAGAUGCCCGGUCCUCUGCCUACUCCUACUGAACCAAAGUUGAAGCCUGAUCAGCAGCCCACUCAGGAUGGCACACCUGUCAAGAAGCCAACUCCCAACAAAGUGGUCGUGCAAGUACCGGCGCCUGACUCUUUCCGGCGAGAGGAUUACGUUACAGUUACUGAUUCACCCAAGAGACGAAAGGUCAGCCACGAUGGUACCGCUCCACAAAACACCAGGACACAAAAGCAACUGUCUGACGAGGCUUUGCAAUCAUUUCAAGAUUUACUUAACGACGUAUUUGAAGCUCAAGACUUAGUUGAUGGUUCGGGAGGUGAUACUUACAAUUUCAAGAGCACUCCCUUCUUCGAAGAUCUUGAUAAUGGAGCCGAAAGUGGUCUUACACUCAAUAGUCAGAUACUGGCCCGUCUGCGGGAGGACCUUAGGAAACUAUUGAACCUGCGGAGGCUGACCGAUGUGCCCGCCGAUGCCAUGAGACGUUUACAUGAUAUUUGUGAACCUGCCAUCGAAAAAUGCCAGACUCUAAAUCUGCGUCCUUCCUUUAACUCAGAGGAUGACCAAGGUCAAUGGAGAACCAGGCUACAUCAAGCAGAUAACGGUCUUUCCAGCGCCAUUGUCGCUCUCUAUAUCAUGCUUGGCCAUUCACAGGACGAGUCAUGGAUUUCUACUGAAGUUCUGAGAUGGACAUCAAAUGCUCUUGUGAAUGUCUUGGAAAGCUGUCUCAUUCCCAUCAUUGAAGCUCGUCCAGAUUCGACAGAUACGAACUUUUGGAAAUCUGCAUCGUCUUCAGUGGAUUCUGUCAAGCAAGUGCUCAGUACAACCAAAAGACUGCUCGAAUUGAUAGGAACAGCCUGCGUUGACGUCAAGGGAGGAGAAUCUAGUGUCAAUGCCAUUGAGUUCCUGGCUGCAAAGCUCAUCUUCGUCCAGAACGCGUCAAAUGAAAAGAACUCAGUCCUUGGUCUACAAGUCUACGAGAACUUUCGAAAAACAGCAAUGGCUACCCUAUCAAAGAUUUAUGCCCGCUUCCCUCGCGAGCGGCAGGCUAUCUUGGAUGAGAUCCUUAGCUCCCUAGAUAAGUCGCCGUCCACCAGUAGAAGUGCCAGGACGUUCAAAGCUGGCGAGAACCAAAGCAUUCAACUCAUCUCUGCCCUUUUCAUGCAACUCGUGCAAACCACGGCAAUGGAGCUGCCAAAGCAAAAGUCGAAGAAGGUCAAGAAAGUCCACCAGAAGAAAUCUACACCGCCAGACUCUGACAAGGAUGUUAACGAUGACGGUCAUGUGUCAGAAGAUGACGAGGACGACACCAUGGACGAGAAUGAAUCGUUUGUUCGGCUCGACCGCAAGGUCAACCAGCUUUUCCAACCUGCAUCGAAGAGUGCUCAAGGCAUUGUUCAGUUCCUGGUAGACAAAGCAUCAAAGACAACAAAAACCGGAGAUUCGCCGUACCGAAAUAUCCUUGACCUCCUGGUCGAGGAUCUGAUCGCUGUGGUCGAUUUGCCAGACUGGCCAUCUUCAGAGUUCCUGCUAAAUGUCCUGGCCGCAAUAAUGCUGGACAUGGCUAAAAAUGCUAAAACUGCCUCGGCGAAGAACAUGGCUCUCGAGUCUCUUGGUGUCAUGGGCUCAGCCAUUUCCAAGCUACGAGACAAGCUUCCUGCUGUUGUGACUAGCUUGAAAUCUGCUGGAAGCGGCGUGUCACAGCAGCUCAUCAGGCUCAGCGAGACUCACAAGCAACAAGGCGGUCUUCAGCAUUCCGCUUUUGCCAUGAGUGGCCCAUUCGUCAUGGUAGCAGAUCACUUUCUGAGCAUGUCAGGCAAGAUUACGCUGCAUCAACAAAGCGCUCGCGGCUGGUUCGCUGCCUAUUUUGCCUUCUUAGUCUCACAAACUACUCACAACCCAAGUGUCCAGCUGGAUCUAAGCGAUGUCGUUGAUUAUGUCCUAAAUAUGCUAUCGAUGAGUGGUGAGUUCAAUGCUUUGAACGAUGUUUCCCCUAACUCAGCAAAGGCGGUAUAUCUGUUGUGCGUCCUGAAUUUACCCUUCUGUCAACGCCUGAGCCACAUUGUCAAAGCACUGUCUUCGUCUCUCACUAGCGAGCAAGCUCAAGUCAAAAGCAGAAGCUUAAAGAGCAUCUCGGUUAUUCUUGAGAGUGAUUCCUCUCUGCUGGACCGAGACCAAUCUGUGGCUGAUGAUGUUUUCAAAUGCGCCUCGGACGACUCGGCUAUGGUUCGGGAUUCUGCAUUGUCUUUGAUUGCUCGUUUCAUCAUCUCACGUGGCGGAAUACUCGAGAAACGAGGCAUGGAGCGUCUGCUAGAAUGUGCUGGAGAUGAGAAAGUCGGCGUUCAGAAACGUGCACUUGGUCAUUUAAAGGACAUCUAUCUGCAGGACCAGAGACCUGCUCUCAAAAACAGAAUCCUGCAGGUGAUCCUCAAGCGUCUCAACGAUCCCGAGGACUCGAUUGUGUCGCUAGCAGAACAGAUAUUGGAAGACAUUUUGAUCCGGCCAGCGGCAAAUCUUGUACAGUCGAGUGACCAGACUGCAGCUGCGGUCGUUGCAGUAGACGAUCUUGCAGCUGGUCUCAUGGCUUGUGUCACUACUGGAGCAGAGACCUUCGUUCCUUUGGUCAAGAAAUUGAUUUUGAUGAUGCUGCGAUACGAGAAGAAGAGCUUCGCCAGCAAUCGCCAACUCGCUGUGAGACUGGUCUAUGCUCUCUUCGAAAAGAUCAUCGCAACCGAAAAGACUAGAGCUCCUCUACUAGUAUUGACCGCUUUGGCCGAAGCUGAUCCAAAGCUGGUGCCUCCUCUACAAUUGUCCAAAUUGCAAGUCUAUUUGAGUGACCUUCAGAAAGGCAGCGAUGGCGAUCUGUUUAUGUUCAGAUCUGCUGUUACCAUCUUUCGUCUUGUUCUACCUGACCUAUCCGACACGCACAAGAAUCUACUAAGGGAAAUACAAGAUCGGCUCAUGCAGGCUGUUCAGAAACUAGGCCGUCGGCUCGAGUUGGACGCGGUCAUGCAAUGUCUGACCACUAUCGAUGGGGUUCUGCAAAAUACGGAUCGCCUGGUCAGAUUCGGCAAAUCAGUGUUGGAAAAGCUGGCCGUACCGGAGAUGAAGGUCGAAACGCGCAUCCAGUUACUCCAGAUAGCUGGAGCUUUUGGCAAGCACACCGAGGUGGACCGGUUCACUACUGCUUUCCGAGGGCUCAUGCCAGUGGAAAAGUUUACCUCGGUCUCCGCCUUGAUGGUGAAGACCAUUCUGCCAUUAACGGCCGAGCAGCUUCCUCUGAACCUGCGGCUGACUGCAUUGGAAAGUCUUGGAGCAGUUUGUCAGGCUUAUCCAGCACACCUAAACAAGGCACCAGUCAAAACGACUUUGUUCGAUAUCCUCCGGCUCUCAUUCGAUAGCUCAGCAUAUGACAACCAGAAACUUAUUGCUGUUGUGCUCAACAUCUUCGAUGAGCUCUUUGCUACUAGAGCAGCUGCCAAGGAACAAAGUUCGAAAACUCAGGAUGGAGAAGAGCAAGCCCUCAAGCAAAUGGGUGGCGACGUACGUUCUCAAGAGCAAGACAGUGCCAUCAAUACCAUUACCCCAGACGUUACCGAUGCUGUUUUACGAAUCUCGUUAUCCGCAUCUUCUGAAAAUAUCUUGCCAGCUGCGAGGACGCUUGCUAGUAUCUCGCAUCAAGGCCUCAUACAUCCUAAGCAUUGUCUGGGAGCCUUUGUCGCAUUUGGCACGAGUAAGGAUCAGAAAAUUGCAACGAUCGGACAUCGUGCUCAGCAACUACUUCAUGAGCAGCAUGAGUCGCAUUGCGAGCGGGAAUACAUGUCGGCUAUCUUUCAAGCUUUCGAAUAUCAAUAUGGGGUCGAAAGCAGUCCUUUUGGAGCGGUUUCUAACGGUGCAGCAGGGUUUAAACCGAAACUGGGACCCUGUUUCGAUAUCAUCAUGACCAGUAAUAGCAAGUACAUCAAAAAGUUUUUGAGCGGAUUGGUUUCACGAACAAUCAUCGACUCCUCAACUGCUGAGAAGAGUAUGCCGUCGCCUGAACACGUCAUGUACACGAGAUUUGUAAUGCAGAACAUCGCCUUUUUCGAUUACAAGAGACUCGAUGAGUUGUUGCACGUUGCCUUACAACUGGAAUUGGCGUACGGCAAGAGUGUCGAGAUAGCGGCGCUUGUGGAGGCAGCGCAAGAGCAGCACCAAGACCUUCUUGUCCAUGAACAUACCCCUGGCAACACCGAGCUUGGUAUUGUACCAUCUGUGGUCGAGAACAAGGCAACAAAUCCAGCUCUCAUUGUCGAGAUGAAGCGGCUUGGCUCUGCUGCAGCCACGUUAGCCCUGAUGAUCGAAACCCGAGCUCACUUGCUUCGACAAUAUGGUGUCAGUCGUGACGUGAGAACAGCAAUGAUGAACACCAAGCAGGCCAAGGAUACAGCCAAACCACCAGUCAAAGUCCAUGGCAUCACCGGAGAUCGGUUUUGGACAAAGAGCAAUGAGAUCGUAUCAGCUUUGGAAAGCGAUCUGGGAGUCGUGCAAUUGUGCAAAACUUUCGUUUCAGCCAUGAGUAUAGACGACGACGUUGAGUUAACAACUGGCGACGGCACCGCGAAUAGAGAUACUCCAGUGUAUGAUGGGAACGUCUCGAUGCCCGCACCAAGUGCGACACCCGGAGGCCGUAAGCGAAAGUUAAACCCCACACCUGGCACAACACCGACGAAGAGACCUCGAGGUCGGCCACGAAAGUCGUAUGCCCGACGUUCAAGCAGUGUUUCCACGAAUGAUGAUCCUCAGGCUGACUUCGAUGGAUGA